UGUCGCUCUUCAUGGCAAAUCUCAAAACAAGCAACAGCCAGCACACUGUUGACACGAUCCAGCAUGAGCGAGCUGUUCAGCAUGUCGCCAGGCAGCUUCGUCUUCUCCUCUAAGGCUUUACGCUCGCUCCAACUGGACGAGGACAAGCUGGAGAGGCACGACUACAAGCGGCGCAUGGCCUCCCACCAUCUGCUGAGUUACGCUCUGAAGAAGGAGUCCCGGGAAAGGACGCCUUUGCGGGCCAAGGUCGCGCCGAGGCCGUACGUGUGCCGAGACGUGGUUCUCCAAAACGCUCUGUACACGGGCAACCUGGAGGCUAUGCAGCGCCUCUUUCCUCGAGGAUCCUCCGCCGGCCUCAUCAUCGAGCCGCAGGGCGGCGAGAUGCGCUGGGUGGCCCGGGGGGAGGGGCUUUGGUCGCUGACCUACGAGCAGGAGCUGACGACGCCGCUUCACAUUACGGCCGGGCGAGGCUUCACCGAGUGCCUGAAACUGCUUCUGCAACGGGGAGCCAGUGUGGACCUGGCGCCGGGCGGCAUCACCGCCUUGCACGAGUCCUGCGUCCGCUGUGAACCAGAGUGUACCAGAUUGCUGCUGGUCCACGGCGCCGACGCCAACGCUGUCUCGGAUGACGGCCAUAUGCCUCUGCACUUGUGCUCCAACCCCGAGUCCUUUGAAUGUGCCAAGCACCUCCUUCAACACGGCGCUGCCAUUAACGCACGCACUGCGGACGAAGACGACACUCCCUUGCACGUGGCAGCCAGGAACGGGCUGACGGAUCACGUGGAGCUCUACCUGCGCUACGGCGCCGCCGCGGACAAAAAGAACCACGAAGGCCUCACGCCGCUGAACGCCGCCUGCUCCCAACCGCAGGAGCUGCAGGACCUCCAGCGCUACUUGGGCUUGUGCCGGAUUCUGAUGAAGGCGGGGGCCGACAUCCGCACGAUGGACCAGGACAGACGCACGCCCCUGCACAUGGCGUGCAAGAACGCCAACGCGGACUUGGUGGAGCUGCUGUUGGCUAACGGGGCCAGCGUUAACGAAAUGGACUACGGCGGGGAAGCCCCCAUGCACAACAUCCUCAAGGUGGUUUGCUACAAACUUGCCCAUAGUCCCGAGAGGGUUGUCCGCGCUCUGCUCAACCACGGCUCCAUCCGAGUGUGGCCGGGAGCGCUUCCCAAGGUUCUGAAGCACUGCUCUCAAUCUCCGCGCACCAUCGAAGUGCUGCUCAACGCCUACAGUCAACUUAAAGUCACCGACACCUGGGUGGAGUCUGUACCCCCUGAAGUCUUUGAGGAGCAUCGGGAGUUCUACGAGUCAGUCUUCUCCCUAGCACGGACUCCUCGUUCCCUGCAGCACUUAUCACGCUGCAAACUGAGAGUCUUCCUUGAGGGGAGACUUGACAAAGUGGUACCUAGACUAGACCUGCCCACUAUUAUCAAUAACUAUUUGCUUUUGGAUUACAAAGGUUAUAUCCACUAAUUGGGUACUUUAAAAAAAAAGCUGAUGAAAGGGUUUGCUACUGCUGCUAAGGAUUAAUAUUGCAGGAGUUUGAUUGGUGUUCAACCUUUAUGGGCGAUAUAUCCUGCACCACAGGAGGGCGCUAGAGACUUGAUGUGAUGAACUAGUACCGGUGCGCUUCUGUUUAUCCUUAUCUGCGCUCCUUAUCUUCGUUUCUAUAUUAAUCGUGUUUUACCUUCGUGCUUGACGAGUUUCUCUCGAGUUUUUGUUCAACGUGCAAAUGUUCUGAUUUUAAUGUCCUCUGUGUGUUUUCUGAGAAUUUAACCGUAUUUUUUUUUUUAUCUAGCAUAAACGGAAAAUAAAGGAUUAUAAUCCCAUUGUAUAUUUGGCAAUCCAUUUGGUUGUCAUUUUUCUCUUCA